UCUUCGCUGUGGAAGAGGAGGACUCCCGGGAUCAUUUCUUGCAAGGAACCCCACCCCUGCUUGGGAGGAGGAGGAGGAGGGUGAUGAAGGCCAAGGAAUCGGGAGGAGUAAGUGGGUGGGAGAAGAAAGCCCAGGAGGUGAAUGGGGGGAGAAGGGGGGAAGAAAGUCACCCCCAAGCAGCCCCCCCGCACUUCAGCUCAUGGGGAGGUGGCCUGCGUGGGGCUGAUGAUCCCUCUGCAGUUCCUCCCAAGCCGAGACAAGCUUCUGUGCAAAAGGAGGAGGCUUUGAGGAGACAGAAGCCAGUUUUCCAGCUGCUUGCCCUCAAUAGCUUUGCUGGGCCCUAACGGGAAAGACUGACAGUGGUCCCUGGAGGAGGAAAGGGGGAGAAGCAGAUGUGGCGUGAAUAUUGGGGGAGGAAAGAGGGGUGGGGGAGAGAAGGGUGUUGUGGGCAGCGGGGGACGCACAGCCAGCCUUUUUGGGGAAGAGGCUCUGCAUUGGUCUGUGACUUGCAAAGGAAGGAACCUCCUUCCAUCCUGCAGGGGCCUUUUAGAUUUGCCUCCUUUCCUAUAAAGGGAAGCCUCUGUCAGGAGCCCAAAUAAUCCCCUUUCCUUAGUGAAAUGCCUCCAUGACUUGGGGGUGUCCUACUUCAAGCACAGAACCACGUUUUUGCUUUGCAGUACUCAGUGGCUUCAUCCAUUACAGCAGUUCCUGCUGCAAGGACCAGUCUGUGGAUAAAACAACUUUGGCCUUUGGAACAAGGAAUUGGAGAUGGAAAUGCAGGACUCAGGUGGCCCAGAGUCCAUCAAGGCUGGGAACAGUGAGGAAUUCUGGGAAAGGGCUCGGCAGGAAAUCCUGCAUAAGGACACACUCCCUUCAGAUGUACAGUGCCAGCGCUUCAGGCAGUUCCGCUACCAGGAGGUUGAGGGACCCCGACAGGUUUGCAGCCGACUUCACCACCUUUGCCGUCGGUGGCUCAGACCAGAGCAGCACACAAAACACCAGAUCAUGGACCUUGUGAUCCUAGAGCAGUUUCUGACCAUCCUGCCCCCGGAGGUGGAGAGCUGGGUGAGGGAAUGUGGAGCAGAGACCAGUUCGCAGGCAGUGGCCCUGGCAGAAGGUUUCCUCCUGAGCCAGGCAGAGGCCAAGAAGCAGGAAGAGCAGCAGGUGCAGGGGCCAUUAGCAGAAGCAAACCUAUUGGUUUCUGAGGCAGAGAAGACUCUAUCAGACGCCAGAUUGAAGCUGCUGUAUGGAGGGAGCUUUCGGGAGGAUCAUGCUGCUACCAUUUCACUGGUUCAUGGAAGACCACUGGUGGUGUUGACAAGCUCAUGGCUCCCCUGUGUGGAUGGAGAAACAGCUUCUACCCAACCAGGUCAGAGUGCUGUGUUCUUUGAGGAGAUGGCUGUGCAUUUCACGGAGGAGGAGUGGGCUCUGCUGGAUGCAGACCAAAGAGCCCUGCACAGAGCAGUCAUGGAGGAGAAUAGGCAGAAUGUGGCCUCUCUGGCAGAUGAUGGGUUGGAAAUCAAGACUGAAGGAGAAGCAUGCGGGUCACCAGUAGAAAGAGCAAGAUGCAAAAAGAAAGGACAACAGAGAAAAGCAACAAAAGAAAGCCAUGAAAGGAAGAAUGAAUCUCCUCCUGUUCAUGCUGGUGUCUCCCAAGAAACACCAAUCCAAGAAGAAAUAGAGAAGGGAAAGCAAAAGAGGCAUCCACUCUCAUGUGAGAAAAGCAUUGCUUAUAAAUUGUGGCUGAAAUGUCACUGGGGAAUGAAGAGAAGGGCGAAGAAACCAUUUAAGUGCUUGGUGUGUAGAAAGAGCUUCAGUCAGAACUCACAUCUAAGAGAACACCAAGGAAUUCAUACAGGAGAGAAACCAAUUAAAUGCCUAGAGUGUGGAAAGAGCUUCAAUAAGAGCUCUGAUCUUAAUAAGCAUGAAAGAAUUCACACAGGAGAGAAACCAUUUAGAUGCUUGGAGUGUGGAAAAAGCUUCAGUCAGGGUUCAGAUCUUAGAAAACAUCAAAGAAUUCACACAGGAGAGAAACCAUUUAGAUGCUUGGAGUGUGGAAACAGCUUCAAUCAGGGUUCAGUUCUUAGAAAACAUCAAAGAAUUCACACAGGAGAGAAACCAUUUAGAUGCGUGGAGUGUGGAAAGAGCUUCCUUCAGAGCUCAAGUCUUAGGAGACAUCAAAGAAUACACACAGGAGAGAAAAAAUUUCCAUGCUUGGAUUGUGGAAAGAGCUUCAAUAAGAGCUCAAAUCUUAGACAACAUAAAAGAAUUCACACAGGAGAGAAACCAUUUAGAUGCUUGGAGUGUGGAAAGCGCUUCAGUCAGGGUUCACAUCUUAGACGACAUCAAAGAAUUCACACAGGAGAGAAACCAUUUAGCUGCUUGGAGUGUGGAAAGAGCUUCAGUCAACGCUCAGGUUUGAGGAACCAUCAAAUAAUCCACACAGGAAAGAAACCAUUUAGAUGCUUGGAGUGUGGAAAGAGCUUUAUUCAGAACUCACAUCUUAGCCAACAGCAAAAAAUUCACACAGGAGAGAAACCAUUUAGAUGCUUGGAGUGUGGAAAGAGCUUCAGUCAGGGUUCACAUCUUAGACGACAUCAAAGAAUUCACACAGGAGAGAAACCAUUUAGCUGCUUGGAGUGUGGAAAGAGCUUCAGUCAGCGCUCAGGUCUAAGGAACCAUCAAAUAAUCCACACAGGAGAGAAACCAUUUAGAUGCAUGGAGUGUGGAAACAGCUUCAAUCAGGAUUCAGCUCUUAGAAAACACCAAAUAAUUCACACUGGGGAGAAACCAUUUAGAUGCUUGGAGUGUGGAAUGAGCUUCAAUCAGGGUUCACAUCUUAGAAAACAUCAAAGAAUUCACACAGGAGAGAAACCAUUUAGAUGCUUGGAGUGUGGAAAGAGCUUCAAUCACAGUUCACAUCUUAGACGACAUCAAAGAAUUCACACAGGAGAGAAACCAUUUAGAUGUUUGGAGUGUGGAAAGAGCUUCAAUCAGGGUUCAGUUCUUAGAAAACACCAAACAAUUCACACAGGAGAGAAACCAUUUAGAUGCUUGGAGUGUGGAAACAGCUUCAGGCAGGGUUCAAAUCUUAGAAGACAUGAACGAAUUCACACAGGAGAGAAACCAUUUAGAUGCUUGGAGUGUGGAAACAGCUUCAAUCAGGGUUCAGUUCUUAGACAACAUAAAAGAAUUCACACAGGAGAGAAACCAUUUAGAUGCUUGGAGUGUGGAAAGAGCUUCAAUAAGAGCUCAAAUCUUAGACAACAUAAAAGAAUUCACACAGGAGAUAAACCAUUUAGAUGCAUGGAGUGUGGAAAGAGCUUCAAUCACAGUCCACAUCUUAGAAAACAUCAAAGAAUUCAUGCUGGAGAGAGACCAUUUUGAUGCUUUCAGUGUGGAAAGAGCUUCAGACAAAGAGGACAUCUUACGAAACUCCAAGAAAUUCACACAGUAAUUCAAGAGCUCAGUUGGAGCUCAUAUCUUAAGAAUCACCAAGGAAUUCACAUAGGAGAGAAACCAUGUAAAUGCCUAGAGUGUGGAAAGAGCUUCAAUCCUAACUCUCAUCUUACCCAAGAUGAAAGAAUUCACACCUAAUAGGAUAUACAUUUUUUAAAUGUAGAUAGAGGUUCCAUCUCACUUCCCCUUCCCAAAGAUGCAGUAGAGGAGAGUGGAGCAGAGACUUUCUAGCCACCCCCUCCUCUCCCCCACUCCGAAAGAAGAAGGGCGGGGACAGAGGAGCUGUGGUGUGCAGCAGUGUUUCCUCUCAUGUUUAGAAUAGGUGAGCGGUAAUAGUUUUUUCCUGGGCAGCAGCAUCAAGUCAGUGUGCGCACAGAACUCAUUCUUACUUACACACAAACAAAAACAAAGAGUUACUGACUACUGCACAAAAGAAAUGUUUGCAUGUUGGGAAGGAGGCUACAUUUAGAAUGCUUCUUCCUGCCAUUUAGUUCCCAAUGUGCCAAGUAUGUGGGUUCGUCAUACAUUCAGUCAGAUCAGCUGGCAAAAGUUGUUAAUCUCAGCUUUACCAUCCCAGUGAAAUCUAGGUUUGACUACUGCAAUGCGCUCUACCUGGGGUUGCCUUUGUACAUCGUUCGGAAGAGGCGUUUUGCUGUUUUGCUGUUUGCCAUUGAAUAUGUCUAUCAUUAAACCAGCCAAUUAAAGCAAGGAGGCGUUUCACACUACCGUGAGAAAAUUCAACUGCCAGUGAUAAGAUAUAUGAGUUGUGGUGUGGAACUGACUCUAUUUGGAAAAUAACCCCAGGCUUUUACUUUCUCUCUCGAGAUCAAGGACACUAAACCCUGUUUUUAAAGUGUUCUAUUUCCCCCCCCCUUCUAUAUUACGAAGGCGGGGGGGGGGGAGGACAACGCAAACAAAAAACAAAAAAACCACAGCAAAGUCAGAUACAAACUCAAUUACAGCCUAGGAAACUUUCCCUUCCAAGUCCAGGUUUGGGGGAAGCAAAAAUGUCUACAGAUUUGGAUCAGACAUUAUUAGCCAUGAAACAGCUACUGGAAACAAAUACAACCACCCUUCAACAAGUCAGUUGUGAUAUGUUACAAGUGAAACAGAAUAUACAACAAAUCAGACAGGAUACACAGACACUAAAUGAUAGAACAUCAAAUACUGAAGAAACGGUUAAGAAAUUAUCAUAAGACAAUAAAGAAUUUAAAACAAGGGUUGAUACUUUGGAGCAUGAUGUGUGGUCACUGAGAGAUGACAAGGAAAAAUUAUUAGAUCAAAUGGCACUGCUGGAACUCAGACAAAAAGAGAGAUUUUUAAGGUUUAGAGGUAUUCCAGAAAAAGCUGUUCAAGACAUCAAAAAAUUGCUUGGGGAGGACCUUGCAUCACUUUUGGGAAUCCCAGGUGAAGAGAUGGAUGCGCAGAUUGAGGUAGCUUUUCGUUUAAAUUCAGACUUUGCUACAAGGAAUAAAUUAACUAGGGACUGUUUGGUACAAUUCAGUUCAAAAUCAAUCACUGAGCGAAUUGUUCAAGCCCAUUUUGUCACAGCCCUCACUAUUGAAACCCAGCAGAUAAAAAUUUUGAAAGAAAUACCAUCCAGAAGUCUAAGGAAACAUAAGGAUUACAAAUUUUUGACAGAUGCUUUGAAUGCCAAUGGAAUAUGUUUUAGGUGGGAAAUACUUGAGGGAGUUUCCUUUUUUUACAAGGGCAAGAAGAAUAGAUUCACUGAGCUCCUCAAAGCACAAGAAUUUUGGCGAAAAUACAAAAAAAAAAAUUAUCUUCUGAGCAGCCAGCUCCCUCAACACAUAAUUCUAAUUAGACCAGAUGGAUUACAAAAUAUGAGAUCACAGGAUUCUUUCUUGGAACAUUAAUGGGUUAAAUACUAAAGCAAAAAGGAAUAGAGUUUUUCAUUUUCUUAAGAAACAAAAUUUGGACAUUGUGUGUUUACAGGAGACACACAUUAGAAAGCAAGAAAGAAAAUUUUUGGUCAACAAGGCUUUAGGACAAGAAUUUGUUUCCUCAGAUAAGGGGGGAAAAAGAGGGGUAGUAUUUUAUGUUAAACAACAAUUCGAACCCAAGUUGAUUUUUAAAGAUGAAGAAGGUAGGCUACUAGCCUUGGAGAUUUUAAUCUCUGGAAUUAAAACGGUGAUAAUUGGGAUUUAUGCUCCUAAUGAAAAGAAAGUUGAAUUUUAUAAUUAUUUGGACCAGAAGAUGGCUGAGUUAUCGAAUGUUAACUUGAUUAUAUUGGGAGACUUUAAUGGUGUUGUCUCUACAUUUUUGGAUAGAAAAUCUGAUAUAUCUGAAAGGAAUCUACAAGGCAAACUCCCUAAAGCAUUUUUUGAUUUAGCAGAACACAUGGAUCUUUACGAUUUGUGGAGAAUUAAAAAUUCAAAUGCAAAAGAAUAUACCUACUUCUCUGAAAGAUAUCAAUCUCACUCAAGGAUAGAUAUGGUUUGGACAUCCAAAUCUAUUACGCCAUGUAUGAAAAGAAUGGAUAUUUUACCCAGGACUUUUUCAGAUCAUAAUCCAAUUUGUUUUACAUGGAAGAAGAAAGGAAUGGCUUCAUUUCGUUGGAGAUUGUGGAGAAAGCUAAAAAGAAGUUAAAGGAUUAUUUUGAAUUGAAUUUAAAUCAAGGAAUGAACAAUAAAAUAAUCUGGGAUGCAGGUAAAGCGGUUAUGAGAGGUUUCUUUAUACAGCAAAAUGCAUAUUUUAAAAAGCAAAGAGGAUUGAAAAAAGAGACAUUACUGAUGCAGAUUUCCAAAAAGGAAAGAGAAUUAUUAUGGGCUAAAGAUAAGAAGACGAUCACUCAAGCUAUCAGAAUGUUACUACAACAACUUUCUAUGUUAGUAGCAAAUGAAAUUGAACAGAACUUGAAGUAUGCUAAGCAAAGGUCAUUUGAGUUCGCAAAUAAACUAGGCAAGUUGUUGGCUUGGAAAAUUAGAUCUGAGAGAAAAAAUAACUACAUAUCUAAAAUACAAAAAAUGGGCUUUCCUAUGAUGGUAAGGAAAUAAGAGGAGAAUUUUUAAAAUACUAUUCAGAAUUAUAUAAAGGCAAAAUAGUAGAAGAUAUAAAAAUUGAGCAAUUUCUUAGGACCAAAAAUAUUCCAAAACUCUCUAAGGAAUAUAUAGAAAUUAUGAAUGCUCUGAUAACAAUCAUGGAAAUAACAGAAGCAAUAAAUCAAAGCAAGGCCAAUAAGGCCCCAGGACCUGAUGGAUUGUCAGCUUUGUAUUACAAAUCACUUAAAGAUCAAAUUUCACAGCCUUUGCAAUGGACUACGAAUGACGUUUUCCAAAAAGGGACUCUGCCGGAUUCUUGGAAGUAUGCAAAUAUUGCAGUAAUCCCAAAACUGGAUCAAGACUUAACGCAAGUUAAAAAUUACAGACCAAUCUCACUUUUAAAUAAUGAUUAUAAACUCUUUGCUGCUAUUUUGGCAAGAAGAAUGAAGGUUAUGUCAAGACUUUUUAUUCAUGAGGAUCAAGCUGGUUUCUUGCCAAAGAGACAAUUGAGAGAUAAUGUGAGAACAGUUCUGAAUGUAUUGGAGUAUUAUGAAAAACAUAAUGAUAAACAGAUGGCGAUGAUUUUUUUGGAUGCAGAGAAAGCUUUUGAUAACGUUUGGAGACUAUUAGAUGUAAUGUGCGUUGGCAACAAUUUUAUUAGGGCAAUUAAGAAAAUGUAUUCGGAGCAAUAUGCUAAGAUUAUUGUAAAUGGGUAACUAUCAGAUAAUUUUAAAAUACAAAAAGGGAAUAGACAAGGAUGUCCACUUUCCCCAUUGCUUUUUAUAUUAGUCCUAGAAGUGCUUUGUAGAAGUAUUAGAGAAGAUGAUCAACUACAAGGCCCCAAAAUUGGGGGGAAAGACUACAAAUUAAGAGCCUUUGCGGAUGAUGUUGUGUUCUUUUUAGAAAAUCCAAUGGACAAGAUUAGAAGACGCUUGGAAAAAAUGCAACAAUUUGGCCAAUUGGCUGGAUUUUACAUAAAUAAGGCCAAAAUGAAGGUUUUGACUAAAAAUAUGGAUCAGAAAUCUAAGGACAGAUUUCUGAAAUAAGUGAGCUGAAAGUGGAGAAGAAAGUUAAAUUUCUGGGGGGCUGGCUGACAAACAACAAUUCUUUGUUGUUCUCAAAUAAUUAUGUUAAAAUAUGGAAUACAGUGAAAAUUGAUCUACAAAGAUGGUCUAAUAUGAAUUUGUCUUUAAUGGGAAGAAUUUCAGUGGUGAAAAUGAAUGUCUUGCCUAAAAUGUUAUUUCUUUUUCAGACUAUUCCUAUAAUCAACACUUUAACUUGUUUUAAGCAAUGGCAGAAGGACAUAAUUAAGUUUGUUUGGCAAGGGAAAAGACCAAGAAUUAAUUUUAAGAAUUUAACAGAUGCAAAGGAAAGAGGUAGUCUUACCCUACCAGACUUAAGGUUGUAUUUUGAUGCUGUUUGUUUGACGUGCUUAAAAGAAUGAAUAACGCUAAGAAACCCUAGAAUUCUUGAUUUAGAAGGAUUUGAUAGAAGGUUUGGAUGGCAUUCAUAUCUGUGGUAUGAAAAAAGUAAAAUACAUGAAGACUUUUUGAAUCACUAUGUAAGAAGGAUAAAUGAGGGUGUGGAUAAAAUAUAAAAAAAUGGCUGGAACCUAAAUCUCCGAUUGAAGCUUUAACACGUAAAGAAGCAAAUAUGCAAUUGCAAUGGGGUACUUAUAGGGAUCUGUUAUAUUUUCAAGAAAAGGACUGUAAGUUAAAGAGUUUAACUGAAGUACAAAAUUUGGUUAGAGAUUGGUUUCAGUACCACCAGUUAAAUGAAAUAUACAAGAAGGAUCUUAAAGUUGGAUUUGAGGAUCAGAUGCCGAGAUUUGAGAAGGAACUAUGUGAGAAUGAUGGAAAAUUAAUUUCUAAAAUGUAUAAGCUCUUGCUUUUGGAAGAGACAAGAGACGAAGUGGUUAAAACGACUAUGGUAAAGUGGGCUCAAGAUGUGGGGUGUAAUAUAGAAAUGGCAGCCUGGGAAAAAUUAUGGAAAACUGAUUUAAAAUUUACUGCAUGUUAUGCUUUAAAAGAAAAUUAUUAUAAAAUGAUGUAUAGAUGGUAUUUGACACUAAAAAAAUUGGCAUUAAUGUUUAAAAAUGUUUCAAACAAAUGUUGGAAAUGUGGACACUCUGAAGGUACUUUUUUCCAUGUGUGGUGGACCUGUAGGAAGGCUAAGGCCUAUUGGGACAUGAUAUACAAUGAGUUAAAGAAAAUAUUUAAAAUGACAUUUCCUAAGAAGCCAGAAUCCUUCCUGCUGGGAAUAACACAAGGAGUAUUUUCUACAACUAAUUUAACAUUUUUUAUGUAUGCUUCUACGGCAGCCAGAACAAUAUAUGCACAGAAAUGGAAGAGCAAUGAACUGCCUUCAAAAGACGAUUGGGUGAUAAAAAUAUUGGAAUAUGCGGAGAUGGCAAAACUUACAAUAUCGAUAAGAGACCAAAAUUUAGAAUGCUUUAAAGAAGAUUGGAAACCAUUCUUGUUGUAUUUAAAGAACUAUUUUCCUACUAUGGAUUUUACAGCAGGGUUUGAAAUUUAGUAAUAAUUGCAGGUUGGGAAGAUUAAAAUCGUGUUUGUAAGGUUUUAAUUUAUGUUUUGAAUUAUUAUUAUAGCAAGGGUAAAUUUUAUAGCUGAUGAUUCACGAAGAGGUGUGAGCGGGAAGUCCAUAUUUGUUUAUUUGUUGUGAAUGUUAAGAUUAUUGUUAAAAUUAAUAAAAAUUGAAUUUAAAAAAA